GAUUUUGCAAACCCUGAAGUUGCACCACUGAUUCAUGUUUAUCCUGAGGAUGUUAAUGGCAGUCCCAUUUCUGAAAUGUGGCAAGUACCAAAGGGUCGAUGGAUGGAACUUCCACUCGAUUUUCUCACCCCAUCCAUUCUGGUUGAUAAUAAACGGCACUAUAUUCAUGAAGUGGCUCAACUGAAGGAUCAUCAGUGGGUAAUUCCUAAGAUGUGGAUCACUCAGGCAGGGGAAAUUUUUGCCAGUUGUUCGACAUGA